AUGGCAAUUUGUAGCAAAUGCAAGCAAAAUUCUCACUUCACUGUGAAGGAUGCAUAGCAGAUCUGUGGUAGAUGUGGUGCUACAACUACUAUAGCUAAGCUAUAAACUGAAGAUUUUAAGGGUAUUAAAAUUUAGAAGCAUUAUAUUAGUGAAAAGCGUGAAAAAAAGGUUGCUGAAGACAAGUCAGUGAUUAAGCAUAUUGAAGAUAAUUGGGGUAUUUAUUUAGAGGCUUUUUAAAGAGCUCUGAGAGAAAGUGUAAGAACUAUAAAAAUGAAAUUGAACCUUGGAGAUGAUUUUGAAGAAAAGGCUAAAUAUUAUUGGUUGGAGUAUUUGAAGGUAUUUCAUGAAAAUGAUAUUCCUCUUGUUUCAUUCUUUACAACCUUAAGGUAAGGAAAUUAUUAGAUGAAGGAUGAUAAAAAAACUAAACAGGAUAGUGAUAAAUUGCAGAUAUAAGAAGCAGAACAUGAUAGUUAAUAAAAAGGAUUUAAGAAAAAACUUUAUGAGUCAAAAUAUUAACAAAAAAAGAGCUCUUUAGCAAAAAUUUAGAAAGAAGAUAUAGAAGAGGAAUAUUCUUAAGAAGAUAGCUUUGACUAAAAUGAUUAAAAUUUUAUUGAGAAAAUUCUCAAAUAAAAGUCAACAUAGGAAUAGUAGAAAAAAAUAUUGGAAGAAAAUGAUGAUAUUAACGAGAUAUUUCGCUUUUUUGAAGAUUCUUAGCGUGCCAAUUUUGAGUUGGAAUAGUAAUAGCAAAUUUUAGAUAUUGAUCAAUAAGGUCAAGGUUAAACAGGAAAAGCAGAAGGAAGUAAUAUAUUUAAUGACCCUCUUCUUGAGAUGUUGGGUAAAUAGAAACCCACCGGUAGCUAGAAUGAUGCUAACUAUCUUGCAACUGCAACAUUUACUAACUAAAAAAAAUUAAGAAGUGCAUAGGCAGAAAAAUAAUAGAAGUUUAAGUAGGAGUUACAGGGAGUCAUGAAUAAUGAGAUGAAAUAAUAUUAGCUUUAAUAGCAAUAGCAGCAGCAAUUAGAACAGAAAAAGAAAAAAAGACGUCGUAUGAAAGGAAGAUUGAAUUACAUAGAAAAUAUGGAGGAGUGUGGAAAGAACUAUUUCAUGCUUGUGUUAGAAAGAAGUGAAGAUUACGUGUAAAGUCUCUAUAAUGGGUUUAGAAGUGCAUACUUGCAUAUGCUUUAUCUUUAGGAAAAGGAAUUUAAUCCUUUAAAAAGAAUUAGAAAGCUCAAAGGGAAUUCAAAAGGGUUUCAGAUUUCAAAAUCUUUUAUUCUAAAAUUAAUUGAAAAAAGAAAAAUACCUUUUGCUAAAAAGUAUGACAAAAUUGAUAUUUUUCAUUUGAUUUGGGCAUGGGACUGGGCAGAAUUUGUGAGUUAAUAAAGUACGAUUUAGUUUAAUCUGAAAGAUGACAUUUAAUUGCUUUACGAUUAUUUAGACAGAAUGUUUUAGAUUAUUUGCAAGCAGCUUAAAGAGCAUCAAAAUAUAGAAAGUGAACUCAAUAAAAGCAAAUAACAAUUCUAGCGUACUAAGAAGUUGAACGAAAUAAAGUAAAAGCUUAUUAACAAAUCGAAAGAGAUUAAAGAAAAUAACAAGAAAGGAUAUCUUUCUGGAGACGAAGAAGAUGAUCAGGGAGGAAUAAACGAAGUUCUCAGCAAAUUUAAAUAUGAAAAUACUCCAAAAUUAAAAUAGCCAAAACCGAAUUUAGCAGCUGAAUUAGCCUUGGAACCCUUAGAUCUAAACCAAACAACAGUGCCUGAUGAUUAAUAAAAUCUUAACCCACCAAGGAAAGGUUCAAAUAACCCAGUCAAUUAAAAUCUGAAAAAAUCAGAUGAACACGUUGACUAGGAAAAGGAAAUUGAGGAAUUGGAAUUUCAAUUUGACAGAUUUUAAUAAAGAAGGGUUAUUAAUUUAGAUGAAGAGCAAUUACAAACUCUUUCUAUUAUACUAGAAGAAAUUUUAAAGGAAAGAGAUAUUCUCUGCAACUAAUUGUAGAAGCCUGUCAAUCCUCUCUUUGAAGAUCCCAGCGAACCAAAAAAGAGUAAAAAGUUGAGAAAAUCUGAUGCUAUUAUCUCUCUAGAGUAUUACUUAAUUCCAACAAUUAUAUACAUAUCUUUGUAUUCUAUAGGAGAAACUUACACUCCGAGAGAUAUUAAUAUUUGGAUUAAAAACGGUUUAUUUGCUUAUAAUCUUGGUAUAGCUCCAUUUAUAAAAAUUUAAGACAGCAAAGUUUACUGGCUUUAUCCUCAAUCAAUCCCUAGCUCAACAUUCAUUCGUUAGACAGCUAAGAAAUUCGUUGCAAUGACAAAUCACAGCUUAAAUGUAUCUAAGAAGAGAAUAUUAAGAUAAAGUCUAAAACUCAUAAGUGACUUCGGACUGCCUCUUGAAUGGGCUUGCAUGAUUUACUAAAUUUGCGUUAGAUUGUACAAAGAUAAGCAAGACAAAGAGCUGUCGGCUAGUGACGAAUUUGACUGCGAUAUUGUUGUCUCGACAUCUCUAAUUAUUCUCCUUAAAAUGAUUUACGGACUAAAUGAUGAAAUGUUUGGCGUUUUGUUAAAUAAUGAAAUUCUUGAAGAAGCUAAAGAAUAUUUAAAUGAAAGACAAUAUUCUUUUUUGAAAUCAAUAAUUAAAAGCUUUGAAAACACGAAAUUUAAGAGGACAAAUGAUUUUUAUAGCAAAGUGCCUCCUUUUAAAUAGGUAGCAUUUAACAUACAAUAAUGCAUUGUAGAGCAAAAAUAAGAGUAAGUGUUGGAUUUAACAAGUUAUAAAUAGAUAAUCAAUUUAUCUUAUAAUAAUCUAAUAAUCCUUCUUUAGUCGUUCGUUGAUAGACACAAACUUUUAAAAGUGCAUUAAAAGAUGAAAAAUAAUGCUUUAACUUAAAACCAAUAAUCUUAACUAUCCUAUUAGCUAAUGCAAGGAAAUAAAUCUGCAAUAAAAUCUCAAAAGAUGACUCAGUAAGCAGCUCAAUUGUAAUAUGAUGAGCUAGAAGAUGAAAUUCAAUAUAUCAAGUAAAUGAGAUCUCAUUUACCUAAACUAAACAAACAAAAUACUUUAGAAGAUGGCAAGCAGAAACAAAGCAAAGAAAAUUUAGAAGAGCUACCUUUCUUUUAGUCUGUUUUCACUCAAUCUGAAAAUAGUUAAAAAUAGCAUUCCUAGUUAGCAUCGUAAAACAAAGAAGAUUAACUAGAACCAACUUUUAGUGUGAACAAAAAUUUUGAAUUCAGCUAAAAAAGCACUAAGGAGUAUAAAUUUUCUUCUUUAUUGAAUUCAGAUCUAGAAUACAUAACUAAUAAAGCUAUAAAAUAAGGUAAUACUUCUGCACCACCUUGUUAUGAUUAUGAAAUUGAAAAGAGCUAUGAAACUAAUUCAAUGACUCUUCCAAACGAACUUAAAUUUGUAGUGGACAAAUUAUCAAUUUAUACAGGAGAAGAAACUUCGAAAAUGCUGCAUUACCUUGAAAGAAUAGAAGGAAAAAUUUACAAACUAGUAAAAAAAAAUACAAAAAACAGUGUCACACCUCAUGGUGUUUUUUUAUAAAUGAUUUCAAAGAACAUAGAUAAAAAUUAAAAAAACUCUGAAUGA